AUCUCAAGUUGGUCCAUCAGUUUUGAUCACCCUGUUGAACCUCCACGAUUGUUUACGAGAUUAAUUUUCGAUUUAUGAUACGGCUGCCGGUGUUUAACAAUACAAAGAAGAUUCUCACUGUAGAGAGAUAGAUCUUAAGAAGAAGAUUACGAAAAUAACAGAAGCGCAGGUCCGCUAGGAUUCGCCACGUUUUUAGUGAGAAUAUCCAACAGGAGGGAUUUCCCAUCUUAUUUUUUGGAAAAGGAAUAUCGUGAUUAUUUGCGAGGGGAAUAAUGUAUUUCGACAGAGAGGAGCGCACCAAGAGUUAUCAUUCAUGAGGAUUAAUUGAAGAAAGCAUUCAGGAACGUCCUCAUUAAUUUGGAAAAAAUUAAGCGUACCGUUGUAUUUUUGUGUAUUGAGGAGAGGAAAACGAGGAAAGAUGGAUCUGCUGUAUACCGUUAACAGAAGGAGUUCCUCCAAAUUUUUCCCCACUCAAGAAUGUUUGUACAACGGACAAUCGUUGUGUUCCUUAUCCAGUCGGAAUAUAGUGGCUUUUACUACAAUGACAGAAUUGGACGACAACAGCGGCAAGACGCGAGGUUGUCAUGUUUAUGUAGCGGACUUGAAUAUGCCGUGGCACGCUCAUAAAGUACUCUCGAACAAACACAAUAUUACUGCAUUAGAAUGGGAUCUGCCUGGUGAUAAGUUGGUAAUGGCAGAUACGGCUGGAAAUGUACAGCUGUGGAUGUUUAAGGACCAUAUUUUAAACGAUUGGGUAUUAAUUGGUUCCACAUACUUCCCUGGCGAGCACAUAUUAGGCGCGGCAUGGUUCCAUAAUGGCAAAAAGACGGGGCUGGUAACAGAAAAGAAAGACAGCAUUUAUUAUAGCGAAAAAUUUAAUCAUCUGCUGUUUGCACCCUCCGUGAGGCAAUUCGGCGGAAGGGCCGCCGAAGGCGUGCUAGUGGUGUCGACAACGGGCAUGGUUGGCGCGAUUAUGAUCACCAAGGACCUUCAAAAUCCGAUUUGCUACUCGACGGAGAGUCUCGGCAACACGAGGCACAGGAUAACCGCGGUGGAUUUGUGUUAUGGAAAAAACGGCCACUUUCUCGUCGCGGUUAGUAGCGGUAGCAUCUGCUUGCCCAUAAGGUGCUUUAGAGUACUGGUGCGCAAGAACGACGACAAGUGCACCAUCACCUCGCAAGCUUUACCGAGCUUCUUUCUGCAGGACGGAGCGCCCAAGGACAAUUCAUGUACAGUCGUGACGCACUUAAAAUUUGUAGUCAGAGAAGAUGCCGAUUCUCUGGUCAUUGCGGCGAACAGCGAGAGCGGCGGAUUCGUUGAGGUGUGGGAGCUGCGGGAGAAGUCGCAACCGGUUCACAAAUUGUUUCAGCCAAAGACUUUAGAACCUUUUAAGACGGUUGUUUGGCAAUAUCAAUCGCAGUAUCGCUGCCAGUCACCGGUCACGGCGAUAGCGACUACAAAACUAUCCAUAGUAACAACUUUACCGCCUCCGAGUUACGUAAUAAUAGCACUAGCAGACUCGUCGGUGCAUUGCUUAAAUCGUUUGGACUGUUUGAAGGAAGUGGCAUUCUCGUCCUUGAAUACAAGCUGGCGUCCAGACGAACCUAGCAACAAAUACUUCAAGAGCUCCGUAUCUAUCACCCAUAUGGAUCUCUCGUGGUUGGGAUGUGUACUUCUUGCGUCCGAUACUCGCGGCAAUCUGUAUCUCUAUAAAUUGUUGCCGGACGGCACCACAGGUACAUCGAUGUCCCUAAGCUACGCCUGUACAUUACUGGAGUAUUGUUUGGUGACGGGAUUAGAUUGGUUGGACAUACUUUUAUGCCUGAGAUCGUCCAUGAUUGAAGCAUUGUGCGAGCGACUAGACGUCUCCUUCAAUAGGCAGCUGCAAUCUACACAGCAAUAUCAUUAUAUCCAAUUUUUAUGCAUCAAAACGUCAUUGUAUAGGAUGCUCAUGACAGGUCAGAACAAAGCGGCGGAUUUGUCAUCGUUGCUGAUGAUACAUUCAGUAGCUACCGCCUUCAAAUCUUUACUGAGACCAUCGGACCUGAUAUCCCACGACAAAGGCCCAGCGGAGAGCUUAGCCGCGGUGAUAACUGACGUCAUUACUGACGUUGACAAGGUAUUGCUGCAUCUCGAUCCGAAAGAGUUUACGGUAGAACCGAGUACACUGCAAUCGCUGCAGCAACUUAUUCAAUGGGUCGCUGACUUAGCUUUGAACUUGCUGGCGAGAUUACCCGAACAGAGAAUGCAGAUGAAGACUGGUGGGUAUGAACUUCUUAAGGAUCACAAGGCCUUGAAUACCGUUCGAGAAUUAUUGGUCAUCAUACGCAUCUGGGGAUUACUUCGUCCAUCGUGUCUCCCAGUAUUUCUUCGUAGCGCGGACAACCUGGAUGUCCUGGCCCUACUGUUCUGUUUGCUGUCAAAACUAGUGCAGCCCAACGGUGAUACGCAACAACAGGUGGACGACGGUUUAAUUGAAAAGUACAACAAGAGGAACGAUUCGGAAUCUAAGAAGAGCGAUCGGGAAAACCUCAGGAAGGAUCUGCCACCUUUGGUGAUACACAAACAAAUAUCUGGCGAAAACAUCGAGGACACCGUUGGAGUGGUGCGCUUCGAGGAAGAUGAGAAAACUCGCUUAAGCAUCGCCAGUAAUUAUGCUGAGAAGAGUCCCCUGCAGGAUUAUCUGAAGCUGGUGACGGUAUCGCCCUCGGAGGACGAGGUGAAAUCCCCGAAGACCCCGAUGUCGCCGAGACAGUUAUUCUUCAUCGAUCUGAUCCGCGAAGCGGAGAGGGUCGAGAGCGCGAGAUCGCUGAAAACGAGAACACACUUCUUCCCGAGCGAAGCGACUGAGAGCGAUAAUGCGGAAACCGUGAAAAGUAUAAAGGACGAAAAGGAUAAGGAGGAUGUGAAGGACAGAAAGAGCAUGAAAGACGUGAAGGAAGACGCGAAGGAUAAGGAUUCGGAAGCAAAUGAAUUGAGAUCGAAGCAUGAAUGCUGCUUACUGCCAAAUCAAAUCAUGAUUCCACAAUUGCAUCAAGGCAACAGCAUAACCGCCAUAGUCUCUCCGAUUUUGUUCUAUCAGAACCUCCCGUUACAGCUGGAAUAUGGAGCGGAACCGGAACAAUUGGUUUUCACGCCUGAAAUGAAUCCCGUCGAAGGCUGUAUGCACAGCGGACAGAUCGUGGAUACGAUACGACACCUGUAUUUAGGAAAACAGCCACUUCUAGUGAAGCAAUGCACGAGAUGCGGCGGCAAGGCGCAAGUACAGAACAUGACGAGGACUGCUGCGAUCAGAGCCUGGGAUCAACGGUGGAUGCGAGCUUGCCGAUGCGGCGGUAUCUGGCGAAUUCACAAAGCCUCCUAAUAGAAAGCACUUAAGAAUGUUUGUAACGAUAAAGUUUAUUAAGUUUUAAAGAUCUACCAUAUUAUGAACCAUGAUAUUGCAAUUCUGGAGGUCCACAUAAAAAAGGAUGAAUGAUUUGGAAGAUAUACAUAUUUUAAAAAAGAGGUAACAAAGAGACAGAGAUUAUAUGUGUUCAAAUAAUCUACUCGCCAAGUUAAAUCAGAAAUUUAUAAUCGAGAAAUUUUCAUUUAUUGUAUUUUUUUACAAAGUGACUCGAAGUCUCCCUAGCAGUGAUUAUUCUGUUAUAUGUAAUCAACGAGAAAAAUUCUGUAAUUUGUUUUUUCCAAUGCGAAUCAAAAUGGAGGAAAAUAUGGGAGCGGUGUAAAAUUAAUUAGUUCAACAAUAUUGUUGCGCGAAUCACUUUGUUAAGUAAUAUCAAGAAUGUAAGUAUAAUUGCAGACGUUUAAAAAUCGAUUGUACCUCGCCGAAAACUCCUUUGUACAUUAGCUGUAAAAAUGUUCUCAUAAAUUAUAAUAAUCGAUUUUAAGAUAAAUUAUUAAUUUCGUGAA